GCAAGUGUCAUUUUAAGCAUCGUCAAGCUUCCCCCUGCUCAUCGUUCCAGUUAUCUUUCCCAAAGCCUCCGGUCGAACAAUCCUGUUCCACUAUGUCUUCUAAGCCCUACACCGGCCCCUCAGUCGCAGACAUGCUCCGCGACAAAACGUUCGCAGAGAACAUCAUCAAAUACCACGAUCACCCCACCAGCGACAGUAUCUUGGACGACGAAAACUUGGAUCUCUUGCAGCGAUUUGUUGAGGAUCCGAGCAAGCGAGAGCAGAUAUUGAAGGAUGAGGGUAUUGACCCCAAUGGGUCGUUGAAGGGGCAGCAGGCAAGUCUGACUGCUUAUGCGAUUUGGGCGUAUGGUAAGCAGGAUGUGGAUGGAGGGCUGCUGAAGGAGAGCGAUGUUGAGUUGUUGAGGCAGUGGUUUGAGGGUGGAAAGAAGGGUGCGUAGGGUUAGGACUGUCAGUAAGAGUAGCAAGGCCAGCACUAUCUGGACGAGCAUUUUGCCCGUUCGACGGACUCUUUUUGUACAGGGCAUACAGCAACUACUGUAGUCCUAAGAGAACUUAUCAGAUUGCAGAAGGCCUGCACAAUGACACUGAGUACCUCCUAAAAAUUUAGAUUUGUACCUGCCUUGCUCUGCUGCUCGGAGGG